GCGUAUUGCUGUGCUAAGCCAUCAAAAAUAAUGAUUAAUUUAGAAGAUAAUGUACAGUAUGUGUCCAUGAGAAAAACUCUAAAAGUGAAGACACCUCGGUUUGAUGUAUCACUGGUGUAUUUAACUCGGAAAUUCAUGGAUCUUGUCAGAAAUGCUCCUGGGGGGAUUCUUGACUUAAACAAGGUUGCAACAAAACUGGGAGUCCGGAAACGAAGAGUCUAUGACAUCACCAAUGUCUUAGAUGGGAUCGACCUGGUUGAAAAAAAAUCGAAGAACCACAUUCGAUGGAUAGGAUCCGAUCUCAACAAUUUCGGAGCAGUGCCUCAACAGAAGAAGCUGCGGGAGGAGCUGUCCGACCUGUCGGCCAUGGAAGAGGCUCUGGACGAGUUGAUUAAGGAUUGUGCUCAGCAGCUGUUCGAGUUGACGGAUGACAAAGACAAUGAAAGGCUCGCGUACGUGACGUACCAAGACAUCCACAGCAUCCGAGCCUUCCACGAGCAGAUUGUCAUCGCGGUGAGAGCUCCGGCAGAGACCAGACUGGACGUCCCAGCCCCCAGAGAGGACUCCAUCACGGUGCACAUACGGAGCACCAAGGGGCCCAUCGACGUCUACCUGUGUGAAGUGGAGCAGGGGCGCUCCGGCAGGAAGGGCUCUGAAGGGGCAGGGCCCUCGGCGUCUAAGAAAAGCAAACACUCAGAAACACCUGACAAAGAAGAAAAUCCUCCACAGCAAAGUGAAGUGAGUGACUGACGGGAUUUGAGCCCCGUGUGUUGAGUGGCUUUGGAGCGUCGCUGGAUGAUGACGCAUCGAGUUUGAUCCUCAGCGAUCAGUCACUGUGAAGUCCCCCCUCCGUCAGGGGCAGCACAAGGCCAGUCGUGUCUUUGAGUGCUACUUAGAUUCCGGGAUGUUAUAACUCACUGCUUUUUGUCAGUGAACUAGAUAUCCUGCCUACUACCUUCCGCAAAGAGUAUCACUAACCCGAAAGGGUCAGUCCUGCGUGGACUCUGCCCUCCCUUCAAGGAUCAUGUGUCGUCAUCACAAAAGCAGUUGCCUUACGCGAGUUCACGUCUGCAUUAGCUGCUGCGCAGUGGGUGGGCGUGCACACGCCGUCUAAGUGUGAUGUCUGUAUAUAUCUGUAUAGUGCUUAGAUCGUAUGUGUGUCUUAGUGAGUCUCUUCGCCAUUGUAUAGCCAGAAUAAUGUAUAUAUGGAAAUUAACAGAUCCUCUAACUCUGUGGUAUCUGUAACUUAUUAGCAUCUUCUGAACUUAAAGAUCAUGGGUUUAAUUAAAGACUUUCAGUAUGACUCCCAGUGGUGGAGUGGGGUCCAGGUGACCUACAGCUACUGUCUGAGCAGACAGGUGGCAUGCCUCACACCUUCAGGGACAAGUGUGGAGGUACCAUCAGGUAGUGGCUUAAAGAGUGUGAGACGGGAAUUCGGUGACGGUGACAGCUGGAAGCUGUUCUAAGCUUUUUGCCAGCAGGUUUGUGAUGUUUCUGUGUGCAGCCUUGCUCCUCGCUCCGAGGGGUGCAUUUAGGCAUUAGUUGUCCCCUGCCCUCUCUCCCGCUCCAUCCAGCCCCUUUUCCAAGUACCUAGCUAUGUCUACCUCACUGGUAAAUCACGUACCACCCUGUGCCUCAGCUCACUCGAGUUACCAUGAGACUGUGAGCUCCUGGAGGGACUCUGUCUUAAUUAGUGCUACGCCCAGAGCCUUGCACGAUGCCUGACAUAAGCGUGCUCCGUCGCUGAACAGACCAGCGAGUGAGUGGAUUGUAAAAUCAGGCUUGUCUGCCACGUGGGAUCUUGGGAGCAUCAUUCAGACUUUUAUUGUAAACAUCUUGCUUUCAAAUAAAAAUUUGAAGCAACUUGAAAUUAGGAUCAUGUAUAAAAAGGUUUAAAAUAGGAAUCAAAAUAUUGAAAAAUAGUGCUGACUGUGGAGGAUGCACAUCCCUCUGCACUCCAGUGGCUCUCCCUGUGCUCCGUACCCCGGCCUCCUCCCCCAGCAGCCCCCGCCCCCGGCGCUCUCUCCAGGCCUGGGCUGCUGGGAGUGCUCCCGUGCGGGACAAGCAGGAGUGUAUACGGGUCAGGUCUCAAGGAGAAGAUUGGGGCUGCAAAGUAGAACUGGCAGCUGUCAGUCUCCAUGUGGGGGCCAGAACCCUGAGAGGAUGAGGUCACCUAGCGCAGCGGUCGCCAACCUUUCGGACAUCACGGACCACCCGUGGUACGCGGACCACCCGUUGGCGACCGCUGAUCCAACGAGGGUAGAGCAGGGGAAGAGGAGGGGCCCCGAGCAUCUGUAUUGAAGGGGAAAUAGGAGAAAAGGCCUUUCCUGAGAAGGAAUGGGGGGAGAGGGGGUAAGGAAGGUAGUCUCCCCAAAAACCAACCAAGGAAUCGUGGCCAGAGGUGAGAGCAUUGACUCUGAGCAGCAGUUCCUCUCGAAAUGUGACAAGUGUUCAGCUUUACAGAUUGGUCCGGGGAUGUAAUGAGAUCAUGUGAACAGCAGUUGUUUGUAACCAUAGACGUGUGAUAUAAAGGAAUAUUCUCCAUC